AUCAUGGAAAAGUGUCGGAAGCUACUCAGUCUGUCUCGACGAACAAUUUUCCCACUUCUUUUGCGAAGAAAUUUGUCCACGACAAGGAUUGUUGCUGCAGGCUACUGGAACAAAGACUGGAAGCCUGGGCCCUACCCCACAACUCCUGAGGAAAGAGAAGCAGCAGCUAAAAAGUAUGGUUUGAGGCUGGAGGAUUACGAUGUGUACCCUGAUGAUGGCUUGGGGUAUGGAGACUACCCUAAACUACCCGUAGUCUCAGGGGAUUCUAAAGAUCCCUAUGAAGACUGGGACUUUCCAGAGCUGAAAAGAAACUAUGGAGAACCUUUGCAUGUAGAGGCAGAUAUAAUAGGUGAAGACAGGCUGGACUACACUACAAAACGGCUCUACUCCGAUCGUUUUGCAGCUUUGUAUUUCUUAGGAUUUGUUGGAACACUUGCCCUUCUGUUUGUACUGGCCAUGCCCUAUCCAGAUAUACAGCCUGCAAUGCCUAAACAGUUUCCAUUUAAUGACCUAUAUUUGGAGAAGGGAGGUGACCCAGAGAAGAUGCCCACUAUUAAACAUUACACAUUUGAACCAGCAGAUUAAUAGCCAAUGUUAACGCUGUAGCACUUUAUUACACUUGUAGAUAUUCAGAUAAUACACUGUUUGAUAAAGGUGAAAAUGUUUUUGUAUAGGACUUAAACCAUUCACUUCAGCUUAUGUGUGUUAGGUGUUUGCUUAUUAAAACUUGUGAAUGCUGCCCUGUA